CACAGGUGGGAGCGAGUAUCCGGAAGUGACGCAAGACGCUCACGAGAAUCUACCAUUCGAGUAAAUACGUAGAAGCAGAGGCAGCGGCAGCCGUCGGACAUCUCUCUGCAGGAUUUUUAAAGCAAUAAACGGUGAGAAAUGACAACAGAUUAAGACGGAGAGCUAAUUCCAGACUUCUGAGAUGCUCAUAAACCUGCUAACAGGUGAUCUCCAGCACUCAGACGAGCCAGUGCGUUAGGACGCGUCCCAGCAACCUCCACUGGGCAGUCCAGACACAUGCGUGACACCAUGGGCAGCUCCCCAGAGGUGCUAUCAUGGACUUCCUGCCCCAGUCUGUUGGUGGGAAAGCUGAAGGAAGAGCUUAAGCUCACGGUGGUUGGAGACGCCACAAAGAAGUCCAAUUCACCCAGCAUUCAGCCCCAACCUCCUCAGGCCCCGCUGUCUAACUUAUCUCCUCAAAUCAUCACUGACCUCGCCCCACCGACGCAGCUGUCCGUUCCCCUGCAGAUUCCCGGUCAGGAUGAGGACUCUGUCUUGGGGGGCAUCAGCCCAGGAAACAUGCCUCUGAGCGUAGACUCAACACGCAGUGAGGGCGGGCACUUCGACAACAGUGUACUCCAGCUGCAGGAGCAUGAUCACGAGGAGGUGGUGUCGCCGGGGUCCUGCGAGCACAGUGGGUGUGGCCAUGGCACCGAGGAGCAAACGGGAGAGGGCGAGUGUCCCGUGGACCACAGCGGGGAGGGUCGACCGGGUCAUCCGCACCACCCCGAUGACAUCAAGCUGCACUUUCACAGAGCAGGGCCCGGGUCAGGAGGCUUCCUGGAGGGUUUGUUUGGCUGUCUUCGGCCGGUCUGGAACAUUAUAGGAAAGACGUACUCUACAGAAUACAAACUGCAACAACAAGACAUGUGGGAGGUCCCGUUUGAGGAGAUUUCGGAGCUCCAGUGGCUGGGCAGCGGUGCACAGGGAGCCGUCUUUCUGGGCAAGUUCCGCUCUGAAGAAGUUGCCAUCAAAAAGGUGCGCGAGCAGAAAGAAACAGACAUUAAACACCUGCGAAAACUUAAGCAUCCCAACAUCAUCAGCUUCAAGGGUGUGUGCACUCAGGCGCCUUGUUACUGCAUCAUCAUGGAGUACUGUGCCCAGGGUCAGCUUUAUGAAGUUCUGAGAGCGGGACGGAAAGUGACCCCCAGGUUGUUGGUUGACUGGGCUACAGGCAUUGCCAGCGGCAUGAACUACCUACACUUGCACAAGAUCAUCCACAGAGAUCUCAAGUCUCCCAAUGUUUUGGUCACCCAGACCGACACUGUGAAGAUUUCUGACUUCGGAACCUCCAAAGAGCUCAGUGACAAAAGUACAAAGAUGUCAUUUGCGGGCACAGUGGCGUGGAUGGCCCCAGAAGUGAUAAGAAAUGAGCCUGUCUCUGAAAAAGUAGACAUCUGGUCGUUUGGGGUUGUAUUAUGGGAGCUGCUUACAGGAGAGAUUCCUUACAAAGAUGUAGACUCCUCUGCCAUCAUUUGGGGGGUUGGCAGCAACAGCCUGCACCUCCCUGUUCCUUCCACCUGCCCUGAUGGGUUUAAAAUCCUCAUGAAGCAAACAUGGCAAGGCAAGCCCAGAAACAGGCCUUCCUUUAGGCAGAUUCUGCUGCAUCUGGACAUUGCCUCUGCUGAUAUUCUUGGAACUCCUCAGGAAACCUACUUCAAGUCUCAGGCGGAAUGGCGGGAGGAAGUGAAGAAGCACUUUGAAAAAAUCAAAAGUGAAGGCACGUGCAUUCACAGGCUGGACGAGGAGCUGAUCCGACGCAGGAGAGAUGAACUCAGACACGCACUGGACAUACGGGAACACUACGAGAGGAAGCUGGAGAGAGCCAACAACCUCUACAUGGAGCUCAGUGCCAUCAUGUUGCAGCUGGAAGUUCGAGAGAAGGAACUGAUGAAAAGAGAACAAGCAGUCGAGAAGAAAUAUCCCGGGACCUACAAACGCCAUCUUGUCCGACCCAUCGUCAGGUCCAACGCUGUUGAGAAGCUCAUCAAGAAAAAAGGCAGCAUCUCACACAAACCUGGAAUGCCAAGCACCAAAAGACCAGACCUGCUGCGCUCUGAUGUCAUCCCCAGUCUGGACCCUCUUCCCGCCCCCUCUCCGCUUUCAGCCAGUCCAAAAGUCUCCACCCCCCCUGGUAAAACCCGCUACAGAAGCAAGCCUCGCCACCGCCGUGCGAACAGCAAAGGAAGCCACAGCGAGUUCCCCGCCAUCCUGAAACCCGCUGCUGGAGCCUCCGAGGACACCCAGUCCUUACAGGACCAACCCUUCCACCAUCACCACCACCAUCACCACCACCCACCCAACGAAGGCCAGUUUCUCCCCCUGAAAGGCCGGGAAGAGGCUGUUGUCAACUGUGCCAACAACUUGCGCUACUUUGGCCCCGCCGCUGCCCUCCGCAGCCCCCAGACCGACCACCUGCAGCGGCGCGUUUCCGGCUCCAGCCCCGACCUCAUUUCCACUGCUAUGGAUGCAGACACGCGGCAGCGGACUUCAUCCACCGGCUCCAAUCCCGUAACAGGGGCUGGAGCUGGUUCUCUAUGUCCCUGCUGCCAGGCCCAUCCUUUCCCUGGCUGCCUGCACUGUCAGGAGACCCCGCCCACACUAAAUCAGCCCGAGCUGCCGCACUACUCUCUUCUCAACACCCAAGAAAGCACCAAACCUUCCUUAGGCAACAAAGACAACGUCUUAGAUGGAGAGGAUGCAAAGAAUGCUGAACCUCAGAACCCAGUUCAGCCCACUCUGGCUCUGCCCUCUGCGCUUCCCCGGACCCUCAGGCCACUCAGGAAGGGUGCAGAUGAGUCAUCUGAGGAGGAAGAAGGAGAGGUGGAUAGUGAAGUUGAAUAUCCAAGGAGGCAAAGAACUCAUCGCUGCAUGAGCAGCUUCAAGUCCUACUCCACCUUCAGUUCAGAGAACCUGUCUGUGUCAGACGGGGAAGAGGGAAACACCAGUGACCACUCGCACAGCGGGCCCCUGGAGAAGCUGAGCGCCAGUCAGGAGGAGCAUCUGGACGAGCUGCUGUCGCACACUCCCGACAUUCCCAUCGACAUCUCCACCCAGUCAGACGGCCUGUCUGACAAGGAGUGCGCCGUCCGGCGGGUGAAGACACAGAUCUCGCUGGGGAAGUUGUGCUCUGAUGAACACAGCUAUGAGAAUCCGCUGCAGUUUGGAGACUCGGACUGUGAUUCUUCAGAAGCAGAAUGCUCUGAUGCCACCAUUAGGAACAACAAAGUCGGGGCUCCUUCCUCUUGGUAAAGAAACCCGCUGCAGGACGCAUCUGUUUGUGCCUGGAGGCCAUCAAUGUCCAACGUAGUGCUCUGCAGGAAACACAGCAAUAAGAAGACAACAACAAAAAAAAAGCAGAACUCUCCCUAUAGCAACCCCCCAUAUUAACCCCUCCAGCUCUACCUUUCCCUUCAUUUAACCACAUUCCCGCUCGUGUAGCACUGCAUCCAGGCAACUCAUGGCAGGGAUUCCCUUUUGAAUGAAAAUGUACAGCAGAUAGUUAAAUGUUCUUAAUUUAUUUUUGUCUGAGUUUGAAGGAAAAUUCAGGACCUUUAUAAGGAAAAAACUGACAUUUUGAAACCAAGUAUGGGCUUACUGUGUGUGAAAUAGACUGGAGGAUGAUUCAUGGUGAGAAAGCGAAUGUGUUGAAGCACUUGUGUAUCUGAAGACAACUAUUAAGAGUGAGGAGUUGUGUCAUUUCAACGGCUGAUUCCGGAUAGGGAGCAUCACUGCAGGCCUUCAUCUGGCAGCAUCUCUUCAUCUCCAAGGAACAAGCAAUCCCUCUUAUUGUAGUUUGUCAUCCUGCUUGAUUGUGAGCUUACGGCUCAGAGACUCCUCCACUUCCUUCCUGUCCCCACUGUGGCUGAUGUGGAGAACAAUGGGGGGCAGAAAAAAAAUGUGAACACCAGCAUGAACAACCUGUCUGACUAUUGGAGUUUGUCCCUCAUCCUUAAACCAUGUCAUCGGGGGUCUCUCUCGCGCAUGCUUCUGCAGCUCUAAAGAUGCAAGACGCUGCCCAAAGACUGCAUGAAGAGGACGAGCUGCCCGAACAACACAGCUGAAAAUCAAACAGAGAAUAUUCCUCUCCUCAAGACAACACAUCAUCAGCAACCGGAUGUCAAAGCCAGAGUUAUUGAAGGAAACUCAGUGUGUGUGCGUAUGUUUGUGUGUGUGCGUGCAUAUGAGAGCACUAAGCCCCUUCCGCAGCAUUUAACAUUUACAGUUUCAAGUCUCAUCUCAGGAUUGCUCAAAGACUGUGAAACUGGGCUGGACCAAUAUGAAGGAAUGUUCUUAGAGUGGCACAUAAUAUGGACCAUGCAGAGAAAAAGUCUUACACAUAACCCAAAUCUAACCCUUUAUACCCACAUCAAGCGUGUAGAUCAGUGCUCAGGUUCUGCUGCCCCAGAAUAUUUUUCUUGUUUGGGAAUUUGAAGAAAUCUUGAGGAGCAGCUUGUCUUGAGAAACACCCACAAUGAAGGUUUGCAAUCCAGAUGCAGCAUCCCUUUUUGCUUGAGACGUUUUUGCACUACUUCCUUUACUGUAUUUCUAACCGUUUUUGCUCACCAAUGCAUCAUUUAUGGUUAAUAUUCACCUCUUGUAUAGUAAAUAGAACAGCAAUAAAGUAAAAGCAAAGGGGGUGUGCCCAAAAAAUAUUUUAGAGGUCUAGCGGGCUAGACACCUCCACAGCUCCACAAAUCCUGGUGGAAAGAGGAGAGAAACAAGUCAAUUUAUAUGUUGAACCUCAGCUUAACCCAAGAAACUUGUUUUUUUUUUUUUUGCAACAAAAUUCUUUCUAACCAAGCACAAUCUAAAAAUCCUCCACUAGGUGGCAACAUUUGCACACUUAUUUUUUUUUUUACCCUUGAGUUCUGUUUUGGUUCAUUUCCUCCAGAUCAUAAAAAACUACCUUUUUCUCCACAUCUGAAAGUCUUCUAAAAAGGGAUACUGCAUCUCUUAGAACUAUUUUUUUAACCCUUAUUUUAUAUAAACGCCUUCAUUCAUCAUCCUCGUCACAGAUUUAGUCAUCCAGGGUUUGAAUCGAACACUAAUGAUGUCAUAUUUUUAGCCGUGCGGAAGCGUGAGACUUUGCGUUAGGAACCUAAGCCAGAGGCAAGCAUCAAAGGUGCUUAUGGUCUUUCAGCAACCUCAUCUCAGUGUUAACUCUGUAAAUAAACAUCUGUAAAUGUAAUGUGACCUGUUUCGUCCUCUGCUAAUGUGUCACAGCUCUGAAAAUGAACAGGGAAUUCUUGCAUCAGUAUUGUACACUACAAGAGGAGGUUUGAGUUGAAGCCCCGAAAACAGCAACUGGUGCAAGGAUUACCUUUCAUCGCUUAGGAAAGGCUGCUAAACUGAUCAAGCCUCCCACUACAUUCUUCUCUUUUGUUUACAUUCAGAUGAAAAAAAAAUGUGUGAUGUAAUGACUGGGGAAACUGAUCAAACUGUCGAUUACACUGUCAUAAAUCCUGUGAAGUACUUUUUUUUGUGAGGUUUUAAUUUAUUUUGAUUUUUUUUUCUUUUUUGUAGCUGGCCUACAUAAUUGUUGAAUUAAUUUAUUAGGAAUGAGUGGUUGGGACUUCUGUUUCAUUUCAGGCAGCUUUAGAAAACCAACAAAAUUCAUCCUGUGAAGUAUUAUUUAAAAAAAGAAAAAAGAAAAGCACAAGGAAUUGAUUUGGAAAGUAGACAGUAUUUGGAUGGAAGAGCAAAAGCAUCAUCAUAUCACAUGACACUAAAGAGGACCAUAAAUUGUUUAAAAUAUAUAUAUCAUUGCAGUUAAAGUAUUGAAUAAGCAUUUAUAGGUAGUUAGCGACGUCAUGUGUUCCUGAAAGCUUUUUCUUCCUAUAGGCUGUUAGGACUGAACACCGUCACCGCGGGGUAAACAAAAUAAAACCUAGAGGGCACACGUGAAUACAAUUUCUGUACUUCUGCAGUGAUCCCUUCCUUUCAUUUUUAAUCAAAAACACCAGUUAAAACAUCAGAAUUUCUGUGAAAUCGUCUCUUUCUGUGGAGAUCAUGUUGCCUCUUCCUGUGUAUCGAACAUCUGUUUCUUUGUUACUCUCACUUCUCAGCCCCCUCUGUUUUUGAACAGCGUUCUGAUCAACCAAUCUUAUCAGUUUCCUGAAUUAUCCAGUGUACAGUGCUAUUAUGGGAGAAUAAAAUCAGCUCAGAAAACUGCAUGAAAUAAAUGCCGAUGUACUGUACCUAA